GGCGGGUUCAGCUGUGCCUUGUGCACCUUUGCUGCAGCUGAGGGCAGGCCUGGCUCCCUGUGGCGGGGAGGGGGCUCACCCCAGCCGCCUAAUCACUGUGACACAAGAGCUGGGAUCUGCAGGCACAGAGAAAACUGAAGGUGGCACAUACCAAGCAAUCCCCAACCCCAUGGGACUUAUGACCAUGGGAGUUGCUUCCCAUCCCUAAGCUGGUUUGGAGAAGGCCUGAUCACAAAAAGUAGAGGUAAGCUGCACUCUGCAUUGGCUUGCCAGAGAUAGAAGGAGGCAUAUGUAAGAUGGAGAUAAGUGGGGUGCCUCGCACUCCUGGCUCGGGGCAGCGAAGGUGAGUUGUCUCGGAGCUGAGCACAGCAAGCAGUAGAGGAGAAGGGGAAGCAAGGUCUUUGUGCUGAGAUUCUGCUGUGUCUUACUUCCCUUUCUGGUCUCUUCAGGGUUUUGUAUGGGUUUUUUCUUUGCAGAUCUUGUUUGGUUCUUGAAUAGACUUGUAUAUAUUUUCAGUGCAAAAUUCUGUAAAUGGAAGAAAACAAACAUUUAAAAUGAGACGCCCGGCGCGAAGAAUCUGCUGUAUUUAUGGGAAAUAAAAGUUCUUUCCUGAUCCUGUCCCUCUGCUUUUUGACCCAAGGAAUGUAUUUUUUCCCUCAGUUUCCUGAUGACACCUGAGGAGCUUCCCUGGACCCUGCCCAGCUCAAAUCCUGCCCUUGCAAUCCUGUGCAUCCCUCAGUCACUCAGGGCCUUUCCUGCUUCCAUGAGCAGGGAUGGUGGAAUUCCCCUGGCAGUUCUCACUUCCUUUUUUUGAUAGCAGUCACUUCCAUGGAGGUGUGGUGGGCAGGAGUCUGGUCCCUACAAUCCAUGGGAAGCAAGUCUUGAGCUCGCUCCCAUGCUCCGCGUGACGGCAGCUUCACCACGGCUGCUAGCGCUUGCAAGCAGCUCAAUUAGGCAGUUUCAUUUCAGGGGUACAAAGGGGAUGUCCUAGCAAGCAGCAGCMGAGGGCUGGGAGGGGCUCUGACAUUGCAUUUAAGGAAUGGCCUGGCCAUCUCUUGAUGCAGCCAGUGAGGAUGGCRAGGGGUGGCUUUGCUGCAUCUUUGCAACAGGUGCUUGAAGCGACUGCCUGUUAAGAGAACUCCCAGGCCUCAAUGCUGAGUGAUSAGAUGUGCUCUGCCACAGGUUUAGAGCAGCCUGAUGUUUUGGGCAGGAGAGAGUGGUGCUCUAUCACCCCAUAACUACUUGAAAACAGCUGCCAGCACCACUUUGCUAUACAAUGACGGGGGGCUUGACCCUUGCAUAACCCAGCAGCUCCCAAAGUUUUGCUCCUCAGGCUUCAGAGCAUAGAUGGAGUGCCCCUUCUGGCUCUUUUUCUUUGCUGUUUGCCUCUUCUGCCCACAAGCCGACCACUUCUCGUUUGGGCUUGGUUUGCUGCUUCCUUUGGCAGCAACGUAACCCAGUCAACAGCAACGUCUGCUCUCUCUUAGUGCAGGAGCAAAGUCCUAGCUGCAAGUAGCCAGAAAUAAGGUGAUAUUUACAUCUCAUAGAGUCAGGACCAAAGGUCGUAGUGGUGGGAAGUGGAUGUUUUUACAAAAAAAAUGUAGGUGAGCUCUGGUGCAGCUCUGCAGAGAGAAAGCAACACCCGAGCCUGAGAACCGGGAGUUUGUGGUCCCCGUGCAACUGUGCGGGUGCUGCUGCCCCUGCUAGGAGGAGCUCUGCUAGCGGAGGGGGAGUGGGGGAAGGGACCUCCCCAAUGCAUAAGGCAACAGCCGUUGGCCGCAGCUUUGAGGCGGUUCCGGAGAGCCUCAGCGACAGCAAGGAUGGAAAGCAGGGUGAGGGGUGCAGGGGGAGUUGCAGGGGUGGCUUUGUUGCUUGUGCUUCGCUGYUUUUGUCACAACGAGGGGGAUAUGUCGCAGGAGAAGAGGAUAGAGCUGCAUCCGUGAGCAUGGAAAGGGUGCCUGAGGAGWGUUGGCAGAGUUGGGUGACCAGGUAGGGCAGGGUGUACAUCAGGCAUUCUGUAAGAACUGUACUGCCAGCUGGCACUGACACAGCUGCCCUGCGGCACAGCUGGUGGUGGGCAAGGGAAGGAAGGGGAACCACCCCAACUGAGACAGACAGCAAGAAAGAGCGUGGGCCCUUCACUCGGGCUCAGCAGCGGCAUGUGCUUGUCCUGCCUUGUUAUGCAUAUGCUGUAAUAAAAUUUCCCCUUUAAGGCUGGGCUGAAGUUAUUUUUACUUGUGGGGUAGUGACAGGAACACAGAACUGAGCAGGAGGCCUGAACUGUUUUUACCUGGUCUGUGGCAGAGGGGCAGACGGAGGAGGAAGGAAGCUCAGAAAAACAGAGGGAGCAAGAGAAGGGAUUUCAAGGAAGAGAAAGCAAGCAGCGCAUCCCCAGGGAGGGACUGGGGAGAGGACCGGCUGGGGAAACUGAAAAAGAGGGAACGAGGGAAGGAGAAGUCCUCCAGGAAAAGCAAAUACCAAAGUGAAUCUGGGGAGCAGAGGGGCUGUAGACAUCCAACACCAAGCAUUACUCAGGGGUGCUGAGCGAGUAUACCUAAGCAGAGCAGCUCCUGUGGUCUCCUCUUGGCUUUCAAGAUGAUGAAAAGACAGUUUAAUCGAAUGCGGCAGCAGCUGUCCCAUCCCAUCGUUCGAGCCCAAGAAUCAACUGAGCUCCUGUCAGACGAUUUGCUGCAGAUUGAGCAGAGGAUUGAGCCGGCCAAGCGAGCAGCUCACAGUGUGGCCAAGAGGCUCCAAGCCUGCCUGCAGGGACAGUAUGGCUCCGAGAUGGACAAACGAGUCAAAAAGCUGCCCUUGAUGACUCUGUCCACGGCGAUGGCUGAGAGCUUCAAGGAACUGGACCCAGAGUCCAGCCUUGGGAAAGCUCUGGAGAUGGGUUGCUGCAUACAGAGCUUACUGGCCAAAAUUGUGGCUGAGUUUGAGAUUGCCCUGGAGCACAAUGUCCUGCAGCCRCUCAACAAGCUCAGUGAGGAGGAACUCCCGAUCAUCUUGAAGCGUAAGAAGACCCUCCAGAAGUUGAUUUCUGACUGGAACACAAUCAAAAGCCGGCUGAACCAAGCUGCCAAGAGUUCUAAUAACAGCACUGGAGCUGGUGCUGGCCCAGGGGCAUCUUCUGCUGCCAGCAAACUGGAGGUCUUGAAGGAAGAAGAGGAGGAGGUGAAGAGGAAGGUGGAGCAGUGCAAGGACGAGUACAUGGCUGACCUCUACCACUUCUCCACCAAAGAGGACAUCUAUGCCAGCUACUUCAUCCAACUACUGGAAAUCCAGGCCCACUACCACCGGCAAUCACUGGAAUCUCUGGACUCAGCUCUGGCAGAGUUGAGGGAAAGCCACAGACAGACAGAGUCUUCCUUCACUACAGACACCCCAGUGGCAGGGUACUAUGGUGUGUCCCUAGAGACACACCUGAAGAACUUGGGCCGGGAGAUUGCGCUUCCCAUCGAAGCCUGUGUCAUGAUGCUGUUGGCUUCUGGCAUGAAGGAGGAGGGACUCUUCCGGCUGGCAGCAGGUGCCUCAGUGCUGAAGAAGCUGAAGAGCAGCUUGGCCAGCGGCUCCAAUGCCCUGGAGGAGUUUUACUCAGAUCCCCAUGCUGUGGCUGGUGCACUGAAAUCCUACCUGCGGGAGCUGCCCCAGCCUUUGAUGACCUUUGAACUCUACAACAAAUGGGUCGAAGUGGCCAGGUGGGUCCAGGUAUUUUGGUACAAAUCCCAGGCAGGUUUCAAAAAGCCCCCUCCAUCUUUCCCAGGACUUGGAGCUGGGCUGCUCAGCCUCAUUUGCCAUGUGGGAACAAACACAGUGCCUCUGUGGAUGCCUUCUUCACUGCCCAGUAAAGCAGGACAUCUUCAUCUCCAGGGCUAUGGCCCACAUAGCACAGCCAACGCCAUCAUGUCCCUCUCUGCUCCAGGGAACAGACUGAGCUCUCUGCUCUUCCUUCUUCUCUCUUGCAGCUUAAAGGACGUUGAUAGCCGCAUUCAGAGCCUGCAAGACACCUGCAGCUGCCUGCCCCAGGACAGCUACAACAAUCUGAGGUAUCUGAUCAAGUUUUUAGCCAAGCUGGCUGAACACCAGGAGGUGAAUAAAAUGACCCCCAGCAAUAUUGCCAUUGUGUUGGGCCCAAAUCUGCUGUGGUCACAGCAGAGCACAGGAGACCCCAUGCAAAUGGACUUGGCCUCAGUCUCCUCCAUCCAGGCCGUGGUGGAAGCCCUCAUCCAGAAUGCGGACACUCUCUUCCCCGGAGAGGUAGAUUUCAAUGUCUCGGGCAUGUUCAUGCCACCCACAAACAGGGGACUUUGCAAGGCUGCCCCAGUGGAAGAGCUGACCCCCACGACCUCUUCAGCCAGCACCCCUACCUGUUCGGACGGAGAGGCCACGUCAAGGGACCCCGAAGCCAGGUCCCAGCCGGCAUCCCCAGCACUGCUCAGGCCAUCUCUUGAAGCUGCAGGGCCACCAGCUCCGACGGUGACUGAUGACAACACCCGCAAAGGCAAACGCCUGGCUCCAGCCCGACCCACAAUGCCGCCACCACCUGUGACGCAGCCCCGGAACACGGCUCCUGCCCAGGCAGCUGGUCCCAAAGUCCUGCCGCGACGGAUGGCACCCAGCCGAGCCCCGUGCAUCCCACCGCCGCUCCCUCCACAGCCAGCACCUCGCCACAGCCGAGAUGUCACACCAUCCCCCAAGCUUUCCCCUGGUGAGGCUGACACAGCGGCUGCCAUGGACUAUGUGCCAGGAACUGCAGAGAAGGGGCAGCCGCUGCAUGCAGCAGGAAGCCCCCUGGCCACAUCGGCCCCAGAAGGACAGCCCACAGGGAACUGAGCAGGAUGAGGGGCAUGAGGGAAUCACAGGUCAAGGAGAUGGGAUCUGGAACCUCUCUGGGACCCAGCAGGUGCUGUGGAAAUGCCAGGGUGGCCUGAAGGACAGCAUCUCCUGGUCCUCCACUUUGUUGCCUUGGUUCACACSGCCUGGUAUGUUUUGCCUGCCUUCUCUCGCUCUCCUGUCUCCACCUCCCCACACCACCACAUCCCUACCAGGGCCUGGCCACCAGUGAGGGCCCUGGUACCUGCCCAGAUCCCCCAUUGCAGGCCCAGACACUGCCUCCAGCUUUUGGGCCAGUGCGGGCAGCUUGGUCCCAUUGAGCCAUUUGCAAAUGCUCAGCCAUGAUACCAUCCCCAUUUAGCCUUAAAAUGCAUUGCCCCAGGAACACACAGAUGGAUAUAGAAAAAUACAGAUAGACAUACAUACAUAAAUACAUAUAUAUGUAUAUAYAUGUAUAUUUGGAGUGCAUGUCCUCUGGGGAGUGGCUGAGGGAGCUGGGGUUGUUUGGCCUGCAGAAAAGGAGGCUCAGGGGUGACCUGAUCAAUCUACAACUCUCUGAAAGCAGGAUGUAGCGACCUGGGGAUUGGGCUCUUCUCCCAGGCAACCAGUGGCAGGGACAGGAGGACACAGUCACAAAUUGCACCAGUGGUGGGUUAGGUGGGACAGCAGGAGGAAUUUUUUCAUGGAAAGUGAAUGGAUAUUGGAACGGGCUGCCCCCGGAGGUGGUGGAACCACUGUCCCUGGAAGUGUUUAAGGAGAGACUGGAUCUGGCACUUACUGCCAUGGUGUUGUUGACAUGGAGGUAUUCAGUCAUAAGUUGGACUCGAKCAUCUCAGAAGGCUUUUCUAACCUGAUUCUGUGAUAUUUUGCCACUAUUUGAGAAGCUGGUGUCAAAGUCGCAGGUCCGUGUGAGCAGGGCGCACUUGGUAGUCUGAGGUGCUGCAGGCUGCAGCCUCCGCGGCAGCAGCGGGGACAAAGGGAGGCAAGAGGGCGCCCAGCACCCGCGGCCGGCGGAGAGGCGGGCCCAGGCCGUAAUGGCGACCGCGCUUCCCACACACUCCGCCGGUCGGCAGGGGGCGCUCUACGGCAGCUCGAGCCCGGCGGGAGGCGGUGGCCGGGCAUGGCGGUUCCA